AUGAAAGUGGUGAGAACCUGUGAGGAGAACAUGGUGUACCUGAAUAUUACAGUUUCUACUUGCUCUGCCACGGUGCUAGCACGAACAAAGUUGCUGGAAGGAAAGAAAGGUAACAACAGUACGAAGAGCAAACUUCUCAGAGAUCAAGAUUUCUUGUCUCUUGUUGAUAAGAUCCAGCGAUGGAGAAACAGCGGCAAAGCUGUCGAGCUUAACAAUGUCCCGUUCGUGGACCACCCGAAGCUCCCUAAACUACUAGACAUCCUAACAAAACAUUUCUCUAAUUGUGACGAACAUACUCGGGCCAUGGUGUUCUCCUCCUUUCGAGACAGUGUUCAUGACCUAGUGAAGAGGAUAAACUCCCACUCCGACAAGAUCCGGAGCACCAUGUUCAUAGGUCAGAGUGGAGCAAAUGGUCUAAAACAGAAACAACAACUUGAGACUGUGUCUGAGUUUAAGAAGGGCACGUUUAAUGUCCUGGUAGCUACCUGCGUGGGUGAAGAAGGACUGGAUAUUGGAAUGGUGGAUCUGAUUAUUUGUUAUGAUGCAAGUGCGUCACCCACUCGGUUGGUGCAGCGCAUGGGAAGAGCCGCGCGCAAACGUGAUGGUUCCAUCGUGGUUCUGCUGACAGAGGGGAAAGAAGAGAACAUAUUCAAGAAGAGUGUAUCGAGUAAGAAGAGCGUAUCAAAAGCAGUGUUUACGAAGUUGAACAAGUUGGCCCUGUACCCCAACAACCCAAGAAUGAUUCCCCGUCAUCUCAACCCUACACCUGAUAAACGCGUGUUGAAGCCGCUGGAAUUCAAGACUCCACCACCAAAAACUAGGCAGAAAAGUUUGGUACAGAAAAAGAAGUGCCCCUUUCUGUCCAGUACGCAAUACAACAGCUAUGUAGGAUCCGAGGGGGAUAAAGUUGAUCUUGACAAAUCAGCGACAUUCUCGUUAACGGAAUGCGUUUCAAAGUGGAUACACUGGCAGGGCAUAGAGCACCCAACUUUUGAUAUCGAGCACUCUAUGAGCACGCUUACUUUCGUCCAUAUUAUGACCGUAAACGACUUUUUCAAAGCCGAGAGUGCGGCAAUAGACAACUAUGAAGAUGAGAUGGCGCAGUAUCUUGAUCUGAACGACGUCGUUAUAACGAAAAAGAAAACCUCUGUAGAUGAAUCUGAACCAUCUAUACCAAUCUCGACGCAACCUGUAAAGAAAAAGGACAAACGCCCCAAAAUCGUCAUAUCAGACGAUGAUGAGUUUGAAAGUAAAACUACCAAAAAGCAGAGCAAGCUAAAUUUUGGGUCCAAGCCUAGAGAGUCCCUCUUUUCUUGUCUGACAAGCGAUAAGAGUCAGAAGAGUGUAUUACAAAUACAGGAUCCUGUAGCGAAGUUUUGUGAUACGGAGGAUAUAUUGCAGGAAGACUCAGUAGAGAAUUCUCGAUCCAAUUCCCCAAAAAAAGAGCAGGUGGAAGCAUAUAUACCAGAUAUACCAGACAUACCAGAUAUACCAGACGUGGUUGACGUCCAGCAUGAUGUCUCCUUUGAGGAUGUCAUCUCUCAAAGAAAUUGUGAUUUUCCUGCAAACGAAAACUGCGAUGAAGAAGCUUGUUUGAAUGAUGAUGAGGAACUUGAAUCAGAUGAAAUAGUCCAAAGCCCUAGAUACCUUACUCAAGCAGAUGACCUUAAGGACCUGAAUGAAAAUGAACUCUCGGUCAGCCUAUUCGAAGCCAUUAACGAAACCUGGGACUUUGAGUUGUCUCAAAAAGGCCCGGACUUGAUCGAGGUUCCCGCUCCUCCAUCACAGGUUCCUUCUCUUGAACUAUCAGAUUUUAGUUUGUUCAGCUCACAGCAACACGCUACUAUAAAUCCAGCUCCAACUUCCUCAGAAAAUGACUCGGUAUUGGAAAGAUCUAAAGUUCCGUUGUGUCCGAAACCUGGGGUUUCAGAACUAUCUUCUGAUUCUGACAAGUUCUCGGAUGAUAUCGAGGACACACUGAUUGAAAACAGUUGUUCCAAACUGAAUCCUCAGAACAAUGCACUUUUUGAAUCUCUAGCUAAAAUGGAAAAGCAACAAAGUGUAGCCGACGACGACCUGGACCUCAUGGACGAGACUCCAGAUAUAACCUUUUCAGACGUUCUCACGCCACCAGAUAGACCGGGAGCAGACGAAGCGAACGUAUUGAGGGACGAUGAAAAACUUGAUGUGCAGUCCCCGUGUGUGGGUGUGGCAACUCCAGCUCACAAUAGACCAUUUCAACCACUAGAAUCUUCAACUCCAGCUUUGGUCAAACCGUCUGCUCCGUUAUGUGAACCGAGAACAGGACACAAAGGGUUUGUAACUCCUCAGAUCAAGCAUUGUUUAAUGAGAGUUAAAAAGAAACCAGACUUACUGGACAAGAAUUCAUUACCCCAAGACUCUCCAAUGCCAUCUACAAACAACACAACGAACGAGGACUCUCCUUUAAAUGUUGGUAAGAGGAAGAGACGAUGCAACAUUCUGUGCACUCAGAUUCCAACCAAUUCAGAAGAUUUUGACAUUUCUAACGACAAAAAGAAAAGCAGGUUGUUCUCGCCCGAUAAGCCUCUUAUUGUUCAAAGAAAUUCAGAAAAAGAAAAUAAAUCCAAGCCCAACCAAUUCAAGACCAAGGGUGGUGCAGCUGCGAACCCAUUCAUCAUCACUGAAGCUAAUCUCUCUGGUGAUGAUGAUUCUGAUGAAGGAUCUGAUGAGGACUUAAUGAGUAGUUCUCUGGAAGAUUUUAUUGAUGAAGAAGAGCAACCAACAGUCAGUGAAUCGCUGUAUUUACGAGAUAUAGCACAAUUUAAACCACAAACCGUCAGAACGGUUGGGAACAAGUUCACAGGAAAUGUCUUCUCUCAAGAUCCCAGAUUAGAUUGCCAGGGUCAUGAGGUGGACGAUGAGUUGGACGGCUUCGUUUGUGAUGAUGAGGAGUACAGUUUGUUGGACGAUGAUUUCGAGGAGACAGCAGUAUUCACCCAGCAGUUACAACAUCGGACGCCAACUCCUGCUACAAAUAAAAAACGGAAGCGAAGAGUAAAGGAAUUCGCAGAAUCGCCUGUAACUCCAGUGGCUAUUACCAGAAAUCCCUCUGUAACAGUAACACCCAAAGGAGUCAGCCCUCUCAGCCGGAAGGUCAGCAGUUCCUCUUGGAUGGCGAGAACUCCAAAACGUUCAGAUUUCCCAGAUUUUACCGGGAAGAAGGAAGAAGAGGAAAACAAAUCCGCUCGUUCUAAAAUAGCGGGAACCAGUGAUAGCCCGAACAUUUCCUCAUUUUUAAUAGGAUUGGAUGAUUUGUUGUCUGAUAAUGAUGAUAAACCCGACUCUAAUGUAGCCGGUGCAGAUGAUGAUGACGAAGACUUCGAGAUAUCAACUUAUACCAAUCGGUCUAAGUCCACCAAGAACAAAACAAAGUCCAUCAGCAAAAACAAAACUAUCAGAAAGUCAAAAGACCGUUCAGUUAAUGCAGGGAAAGUAAAGCAGGAAGACACUACUUUCGACCUGUUUGGAGAUUCGUUUGAUGAGAGUAUGAUAGACGCAGCAUGUAAAACAAUCAAUCAAAAUACUGCAAAAACAUCUGUAAGCAAGCAAACAAACUCCUCUGACCAAAAGAUAGCAUCUCAGUUUAAUAUUGAUAUGGAUGACUUGCUAUCAGAGGAGGAGUUAGAUCAAACAAAACCUGUGCCUGAAUCAUUUUGUUCUAAACCUAAACUUGGAGAUAAGAUUGUCAGAGCUGCUAAAUCGUGGGGCCCUCCUGAUACCACCAAAAUGACUGCUUCUCAGUUUAAUAUUGAUCUUGAUGAUUUGUUAUCAGAAGAGGAAUCAGAUCAAAUAAAACCUGUACUUGAACCAUCUAUUUCUAAACAUAAACUUAAAGUUAAUAAUUCCAAGACGGCGGCACCUCCUGAUAGCACCAAAAUGACUUCUUCUCAAUUUAGUAUUAACGUAGAUGACCUCCUGAGCCCUGGACCUCCCCUUAAAGUAACCAGUACUUCUGUUCCCCCUCUUGAUGGAGGAAUUUCUUCUAACAACAUUGCGAUUUCAAACCUGCGGUUAGAUUCAGAACCAAUACCAACGACUUUCAAAAACUGCUUAGUGUUCGCGAGAACAAAGGUCAUAUCCAAUAAUCAAAUAUGUACGAUACUACGUACACGGUUCCAGAUAAAAGUGGAGAUAAGAACGGACCUUGGUAACUGUGACUACGUGGUCAAUUCCAACACUGCAAUUCUCCGGAUCAACCUGCUUGACGUGUACAAAGGAGUGUCAGAUCUGGUAGCCCGCGUACAGACUCUACACAGAUCCUUCAAACACAUAGUUCUCAUAAGUGAGAUGCCCCAAAUACCUCCCGGUAAAACGAAAAAGAUGUUAGGUCGGGGAGAGGCUUACGAUGCGGUGAGAUUUGCUGUGACAGAACAGAAACUGAAAAACUUCAACACUUCUCUUCUUCUUUCGGAGAAUCAGGAUGAAACAGCGGGAAUAAUAUCAAGAUUUAUACGGACGGAGGAUUCCCAAAUAAUCCCAGACUCGCCGCUCACUGAGAAACAGAUGGCAUUGGAAAAGUUCCUGUCCACAAUCCCCUGCAUGAACCACGGAAACGCCAGACUUAUGACCCUCAAAUAUUCUUCUCUUUCUUUAAUUUUGUCCAGCAAAGCUGAGGACAUCAGUAAACACAGCGGUAUGAGUCGGCUGAACACGGCGCUGUUCAUCAAAUACUGUAAAACAAACGUCAGAGACCAGGUAAACCACGUGACCUCGUGACCAGAUCAACCACGUGACCUCGUGACCAGAUCAACCACGUGACCAGAUCAACCACGUGACUUAAACGGAACACCUUCAGACAAUCUCAGACUUCAAUUUCGGUCAGUGUAUUUUGCACUCAGUGGACUCAAUUUUGUCCUGCAGAUCUUUCAGUUCGCCGAACAUAGUUCAAAAAUAACAGCAGAUGGAACAGGAUUCAACAAAGGACAUACAUUUUUUAACAUUUCGUAAAUAUUUUGAAAUUCUGCAGAAAUGGAGAUUUUUAUUGAGAUUAUUAUUAUAUACUCCAAAGUCGUUUGUACAUUUAUUUCGAAUUAAUCACCACAGCUAUAUAGUUGUGUUGCUCUUGUUACCCAGUUACAAAUUAC